AUGGAUAUCGACUUAAACACGGAGCCAGCAGUCUCUGGCCUCUCCACGGCGAUUCGGUAUGCUCUGGAGUCGUUUGAGCCGAGUAUCCAGGACGCAGACUUGCGGCAUACGCACUAUCGAAAUGUCCAGCGCUACGUUCUCUGGGCGGCAGAUCACGGAAUUGUUGAAGGUUCUCUCGACACCCUGCUCAAAGACGAACCUGAACUGCAGCAUGCCGUUGCCUCGCUGCUCAUUAGCCUCGGUCAAUUCAUCUUGAACAUCUUUUCCCACGCAAGAAUAGCGAGUGAGAACGCACCGAGUCCUGUUCCAGAUGGUCCGUCCCAGCCGCCUCUACGCCGAUCUCAAAAGCGAUGGCUCUACAGUAUGGAAAGAGACAGAAUCCUGGUUUUGGAACGGCUCUCGUGGAAUCUUGCAAGAGCCCUGCAGAGCUGGCCUGACUGUCAGGAUCUGGUGAUUGAAGCGGAGGCGCUGAGAGAAGACUACGAUCCUGCGUUGCGGUCUAUGUCUUCUCCACCGAAAUCGAAAAUACCACUAUCUUUAGCGGAUGAGGAUUUCUCAGAAGAUCUAAUGGGCGUCGAAGUCACGGUUGAUCAGUUGUAUGAUCUCGUCCCCUCCCUUCAGUGGAUCAGAUCUCCAAGUCCUACUAGUAGCUUGGCAAGUCAGCAGUCAGUCAACAUUCAUACUGGCGCGGCUGAGCUCCAAGAUCAAAUCUGCUGUAACUUCCCAGACCUUCCAACUCAGGUUGCACAUGUCCUGAGUAAAGCCUACCGUCGCCGUUGGGUGGUACCACAACCCGAGGAAGAGCACAUGCUGUCCGAGAAGCAAGAAGAUGAGGAUGUCACGGCGGGCGAGUAUCUGCCCCAAAGUUUUCCGGAGUAUCCGGACACAACCUAUGGGAUUGGCAAUGAAGUGAGUUGUACAGUGUGCCAUCGGUAUAUCAACGUAGCGACCGAGUCACAAUGGAGGCAACACAUUCUUCAAGAUCUCCGGCCUUACGUUUGCAUCAACCCGGAUUGCCAUGCCAGACCACCAACAUUCGCAAGCUUUGCUGUCUUUCAGCGCCACGCAAUCGGUCACUGCGCUAUUCGGCAAUGGAGUUGCAAGUUGGGGUGCGAGAUCAAGUGUGACACAGAGGCUCAACUGGCAGAUCAUCUCCACGUUACACAUGGAAUUUUGGAAGGCCAAAGUUGCAUCGAUAUUGCGAACCUCUGGCAAGAGAUUGUGCUUGUGGAAGAAAGCAAAGACGAUUGCCCCUUUUGUGGCAUGAAGGAGUCAGGGAGUCAUCGUGACUAUAUCCAACACCUUGGACAACAUAUGGUUGAGAUUGCCCUAUGGUCAACUGAACCGAGAAUGGAGAGCCUUGAAACGCCAGCGCAGAACUCUUCCAAAAGUCAGAUGAACCAGGAAUACACAAUUCCCAAGUCUCCGGCUUCUGAUACAAAGUCACUCCUCGAAGAUCUGGGUAUGAACUUGCUCCAUACAGUCAAGCAAGACUUUUACCCAGAGCCAGCUAGUAGGAAGGAUAUACCAUCAAGUCGAAAGAACCGCACUCGGCUACAACAAUGUCAAAGCGCUCCUAGAGGCCUACCAGGUAUCUCGACAGAACCACGGACGAUAGCAGAGCUCAAGCCCCUGUCUUGGGACGAAUACACGCAGAACAAGGGUGAACCGACUCCUCCAGUGCACUACGCCAUUGAAUUACUAAUGGAGGAUCCUGUCAUAUGCGACGUUCGUGAUCACUCAAUGCCAUCACGACUGAGAAAGGGGGCGAUGCAGUCACAGAGAGAAAAGCGUGGCAAAGGAGUCUCGAAAGUUGGAGCUAUGUUCUCUUCGGAUGGCACGGAGACGAAACAACUGCCUGAAAGGAUCCGCAUUCACUCACCACACCUCAAGCAGCUACUCGCGAGCGUCUCUAGCGGACAGCUCAGUCAGCCACCAGACGCCCCUCUCGUGAUGCGCAGGCCUUUUAAAUUCCUCCUUUACGAGGAAGAAACACUCAGACAACAUGUGUCGGAGCUUGAAGAGACGGUCAGUGAGACUGGCGAUCAGGCCGAUGCUAGCGGAACCUCCUCGUCAGACGAACUCAGGCUGUCCCGUCUUCUACUCGCAUUUCUGGACGACUACGUGAAGCCAACCCAGCAGCAGGUUACCAAGAAACGAUCAGUCUACUUCCAUGAGCUUUGGUUCCUCUACCAGCCUGGCCAACUUCUAUACAGCCGGAUCAAGGACUACCCGCAAACAGUCUGGAAGGUCGUUCAGGUCACCGGUGGCAACAGACUUCCUCGGAGAUAUGAGCCGAACGAGGAUUCAGUCGAGUACAAACAUUCCAAGAUGGAUUCUUUCAGUCCGUUGACGCUGGACUGCUUCUUUCUUGUUUUUGACGGGCUUGGCUUCCAGCCAGCAUACCGCAGACUUGAGGUUCCUCAUUUCCACGGCUUACGUGACAUGAGUGAUCUUCAAGUAAUCCCUUUGGAAGUCGCGGAAGUAGAGGAGCUCAUCAACAAAGAUGACAUUCUCUGCCAAGGAAACUUGUACCUGGAAGGCCUUAACCGUUCCUAUAAGCUCUAUCACGGCUGGACUGCUGACCGGGACUCCCUGGGAAAUCAGCUCGUAUCUGCCGAGUCGCAUCCUGUUUUGCCAGAGAGUAUAGAGAGCGAGGUGAUGGUUGACCUUCAUAGGGCAUUUAGGCUCAAUCCUCAAUGGCUUCCGGAACUCGGCGCUCUACCUGAGGUUCAAGUGAAUCCGCGAGAGUUCGAGGGGCAUUAUACAUGGCGGCCGGAACCUAUCGCAGAAGACGUUCAUUGGGAUAUCCUACAAAAGGAAGACGUGAUUGAGACGAUGGACAACCAAAGAAAGAAUCAGGCAUGGGCGCGCUGUGAAAUUGGUGGUGAGGAUGUAUUUUUGCUUCCAGGAAGAGCGCCGGCAUUCGUGUUCAGCUCUCGAAGAUGGGCUUACCUGCAAUUGGGUCCCGAUGAAAACACAUCAGGCUCACGGAGCCAACUGAUGCAGAUUCAACCCAGCUCUUCGCCGUGGGAAGAAUUAGUAUUGCCACCACGUCAUAAAGCCAUGAUUCAAGCUCUUGUUCAUUCAUCCUUCACAAAGGGUGACGAUUCAGAUCUUGUGAGACACAAAGGUCGAGGGCUUGUAAUUCUUCUUCACGGCAGCCCAGGUGUGGGGAAGACCUCCACAGCUGAAUGCGUCGCAUCUCAUUUCAGAAAACCACUUCUGUCUAUAACUCCAGGUGACUUGGGGCUGGACCCUGUCCAAGCAGAGGCCAACAUGUUAAGGUAUUUCGAUUUGGCCCAAGCUUGGGAUUGCGUCCUUCUUCUCGACGAAGCAGACGUGUUCUUGGCAUCACGUACCAACAACCUCCAAAGAGACGCACUUGUUUCCGUUUUCCUGAGGCUACUCGAGUACUACAAAGGAGUCCUAUUCAUGACGACGAAUAGAGUGGGAUCCAUUGAUGAAGCUUUCAAAUCGCGGAUUCAGAUGUCGCUCUACUACCCUCCUCUGGAUCUUGAACAAACAAUGAAAAUCUGGGAACUCCAGAUACGAAGAGCACGAAAGCCUCUCGAAGGCAAUAUUGAAGAUGAAGAAGAAGUCCUGAGAACUGCGCACGAAAUCUUUCGGAAGCAAGGCGCUAGCCAGCGGUGGAAUGGCCGACAAAUUCACAACGCCUUUAUUGCUGCGAUGUCCUUGGCUCGCUUCGAUAACAUGCCAUUGAGGGAUAGACACUUGGCAACGGUCGCGGAGGCCUCGGCCGUCUUUGACGAGUAUCUGAUGGAAGUGCAUUCAGGUACAUCACAUUCACAGCGGAUGCACGCGCAGAGCAUACGCGCGGACGAUUUCGUUAGCCCUCCUCGGUCGAUGCAGUAUGACACAGAUAGGCGACAACGCCCCGAACGCCCAGAUGCACCUUACCUGCCCAGCGAUUUUCCAUACCCUCCGCAGCCUGCCCCGCCCUCAUUAGGUGUUAGAGGCCUAUAUUACGCAAAGAAUCCGUUCAGCAAAACACCGAGUGGUUAG